AUGCUUGGAGAGUUUUUUGUAGGGAGACACAAGUGGGAAAAUAAAGAAGAAACCCCAUUACCAUCGACAAUCCCCGAGGUUGACGAAGUCGGUGCCACUUCAGCUCCGUUACUAUCGGCAUCGUUCUACAUUGCAGACAGAUGCAAGCCAUACAAUGAGGAUUUCAUGUUGUGCAAAGACGAACACAACGGAGGUACAGUGGACUGCUUGAAAGAGGGAAGAAGAGUCACCAGGUGCGCCAUCUCGGUGUUGCAAGACUUGAACAAGUACUGCUUUGACCAAUUCAAAUUGCACUACGACUGUUUGGAACAGAACAACCAAUACUUUAGUCGCUGCCGUGCCAGUGAAGGUGCAUUGAGCAAAUGCGUGUUUGAUAAUUUGGGAUUGAAAAAACACAUCCCUGGGGUCGAGGAACAGAUUCAGGACAAAAAGAGCCCAAUAUAUAAGACCGACCCCAAAGAUAUUCGUUUGACGAAUGAGUUUUUGCAAAAAUCGGAAAAGGAAAGCAGUUGA